UGCACUGACCUGGCCAUCUUUUCUGGUGGUACAGGAAAGCCUAGCUGUAGUUUACUGUUAGAGGGAUAGUGAAAUCACUGAACUUAAGCGUAGCGGCCUCAUAGGGCUCCAUAGUCCCAUACGCUCAAGUCGUGAAGCUUCUGUGUUUAUUCAACGAGACGUUCGUACGUCGAGUCUCCGAGGUGUGCGAAAAGACUCAGUAGCGUGUAGCAAGACCGGCUAUUUACCAGUUGGUUCUCACACUUGCUUUAGUCUCAAGCCUUAGUCAGCAGCAACAACAACAUGUGUGGAGCAGGCAACCCCGAUUCUCCUCCCUGGCACAUUGUGCACUUCAUUUUAAUUGGACUCAUAGCCUUUAGCAGUCAGCAAGCAAUGUUCAUUGGCGGUCAGGUCUUCAUAAUCGAAGCUGUAACCGCUAUUUGGUUGAUGAUCCCUAUCCUGUUCAUUCAACUGAAGUUGGGUGGAAUGGUUCAAAAGAGUGUGUAUGGCCUUUUUCACAGUUACUUCCCUUUGUUACGUGGUGUCGCUGUUACUCUCCUUCUCCAGAUGUUCAUUACCGGGACAUACUGGACAGCACUUCCGGUGUAUUACAUUUGCGCAGGCUUCGCUUCAGUAGGCAGCGAAAGAGAGGCUAUUUUAAGCUGUGCCAAUGCCUGGAACACCGACACUUGCCGAGAUUCUUUCACGCAAUAUCCGGACUACGGCUAUAACAACGUGACCUGGUAUCCAUAUUAUAAUGAACGUGCAUCUUCACCUAUCGACGAAUACCUUGCACACAAAUUCUUUCAGUGGCCUGAGACAAUACCUGACGACUUAGGGGGGUUCAGCUAUGGUCUUGGAUUUCCGGCGUUUCCCAUCGCACUAGUAAUUACAUGGAUCUUUAUCUUCCUGAUAGUCGCCUUCGGCCCCCGUGUUUUUGCUUGGGUAAUCUCCAUAUUAGCUGUCACCACCACCAUUAUUCUCAUCGGUGUCCUGGGUUAUGGGUGGAAUGUUGUUGCCAAGUCGGGCGGGGGACACGCCGUAACAGCUCUGCUUUACUACUAUUUGCCAGAUUUCUCCAGACUUGGACAGGCAAAUACGUGGAUGCUUACUAUAGGACGUUUAGGUUUUAUCAUCCCUUUGUGGUUUGGCUCCUUACCAACGUUUGGUAAACUUAUCGGAAAUGGAAAAAUAUUGCGCAACAUCACAUGGCUUUUUGUACCUCUCAUCGCUGCGACUCUUCGUCACCUCCCCGCUUUAACCAUUGCGCCAUAUCAGUAUGCAGCUUCCGUCGCGACUCAACGUGGCAUGAAUGAGUAUUUGUCGAUACACAUCAACUUACAGUCGGCUUUUCACGCAUUUGUCAGCAGCCCUGCACAUGCUAGUGCAACAUUUUUCUUCUUCUUCGCCGGUUACAUCCAUUACAUCUGUAAUAUCGCCUUGAUGGUAUUGAUAUUGGUUGACAAUAUUCUGGAAGCGUUUGAUUGGCUGCUCAAGAAAUGUGCCUAUAACAGGAGAAUUGUAUGGUUUGUCACAACGGCCAUCAUGUCACUGGUUUUGAUGCUACUCGGAUUGCCAUUCACUACCCGGGCUGGAUACGAUAUCUUGGGGAUUGUUGACUUAGCUGUGUAUAGGCUAUCAUUUGUGCCGCGCUAUUUCUUGGGAUUAGGGCUCCUUGUGAUCUACAUUUGGCAAAAGGUUGCCGUUGCAGAACGCUUAGUGAUCGGGAUAUGGGCCUUCCUGGCUUGGGCGGCAUGGGUGGUUUUGGGUAUGGUACAGAGUGCUCAAAGCAGCGAUGUAAUACACCUUUUCAGCGGGAAUGUGAUUUCAAAAAAGUGGUUGAUCAUCAGUUGGUUGAUUGCUGCUGGACCCUACAUCUUUAUUGUACUGGGAGUUCUGGUAUACGUCAUACAGCUCGUCAAUAGGAAGCAUCGAUCUGGCGGUCUUCUUGUGAACAGAGAUUCCUCUGGGGAAGAGUCUGCGACUUUAACGAAGAGGGGCCCAGAUGGCACCACCAAUGUGGAAGAUGUUCAGCUGGUUUCUAGUUUUUAGCUCGCGUGUAAGGCGAGGUAGUGUGAGAUGGGGGUAGGCUGACGAGAUUCAGCAUGAUAUUAGAUGUUAAGCAUGUUUUUCUUUUUACUUUCCGUUAUGCAUUGCGUAGUAUUUGAUAAAAGUCAAGAGAACAACCUGUUGUUUUCAUAUACGGCGCUGUUCUGUGUAGUAGCAUAACGCAUAACUUUGGGAAGGCAGAUAUUUAAGUAUUCUUUACGUAUCUUUAUUGGCUGUAGGCUCCAGUCUGACUGGUUGAAGUGAAUAGUCUGGUUCAAGCAUUCGUCAGUCAAAACUUGACGUCCGGACUACGUGAAAACAUCUGGAAGGUAUCUGGAAAGCUUAUGGUUGUCUCCAAAUUUCCAUGGCUGGCUUCGCGAUUUUUUCAAACCAUGUUUCUUGCUAAAAGUUCAGGAAUGUUGAUACUAAUAAGCAAAAUACAAUUUCCAGUUAUUUGUAAUGGUCUGAUAUAACUUGACUGUUUUUUAUAUAUAUAUAUAUAUAUAUAUUUUCUCCCUUUUUUAGCCAUGUCUGUUAAUUGCCUGAUUGAGGACUUUUUAUCUAACUUUUAUGUUUUUUUCAACUGGGUUUUAAACAUUUAUCGUAUAUAAGCCAUUUUGUGUAUGAAUGUCGUGGAAAUCUAAUGGCCCAAAUCAGAUCCAUGGUAUCUUUUUACCUAUUUUGACUACGUCCGUGACAAUAAGGAUUCGUUGUAAUGUUCUUUAUUUACAGAGUCAGAUUCGGCGAAGCAUUAAAUUCAGUGUUUUUAAUACUUUGACCUUGGAUGAUUUUAAUCUUUCUGUAUAUAGGACCAAGCGCUAACUAAUCCAUAUAACUGUGUUUUAGCUUGAUCUACUUUACCUGCUGGUGGGCAUAUGUAUAGCGGUUUCGAAACCAUGGUAAUGGUAAGCUCAGAUUUCACAAACUAAUAUACCACUGAACAAAUGACACUACCAUAUGUCUGUUCAUAUUAUGGCAUAUGCAAACUAAUCAAGGAACGAUAACGUAAUGUUACUGUACAUAUUUACUGAAAAUGUGUAUGUGAAAUUUUAACAUCAUUUUGUUCGGUUUUCAAAUGGCAUGCUUAUAUCUUACUGUGAAUUGACUGUUGUGGAUAGAUUUUCAUUUUUCAUUUUCAUUGAAAUUAGAAAGGUAUCAUCUAAGCUAUCUUACAUUUUGUAUAUAUUUUAGCAAAUUUAUUUUGUAGUUUUUAGCAUUAUUAUCUUCUUUUUAUUAUUAUUGUCUUUUACCCAAAUGUUUAUUUUGUCAUAGGUACUUGAAUGUCUCCCUUUUUUA